UACUACAAUGCAGGCCGACUCCAAGAAAAAAUACGGAACUUUUGGAAAACGUAUGAUAAAUCCAAAGGAUCUGAUAGAAUUAUUCCGUGGUGAGAAAGAAGAGAAAAGGGAUAAAGCAGCACAUAUCAUUCAAAAAACCUGGAAAAGAUGGCUGGAUAUGGGUGUAUUUGAAUACUAUAAAGAGCUUAUAGGCUUUAAGCAAUAUGGGGAACCUUCCCAUCUUAUGAAGUACAUUGAGCCUAGAGAGGCAGAAUUUUUAGAUGCUGCAGCAGGAGUUCAUAUUAAAUUCAGACUAGGUGGGUACUGGAAGGGUGUGGACUCUUUAACAACGAAAGACAAUACCAAAAUACAGGAAUUCCAUCAUUCUCCUCGGCAGAGGAAACGGAACAUGGAAAAAAGAAGAAAGACAAGAAAAAUUGAAUGGCUGAAGAAAAUGUACUUUGGAGAAAAUCUUCAAGUUAAAACAGAGAAUCCUGAGGCAAUUGCUUUAAUUCAGAGAGCAACCGAAGGUCUAAUCAAGUCCCUGGAGAAGGAAGGAAUAGAUCAAGUGAUGGAAUGGGAAGUAGAUGAGAUGUUAAAGUGGACAAAUGCAUUGAAUUAUGACGAAUAUGUUAAACUAUGGAAAGAAGUUGGAACAAGCAAGACUUCAGAAAGUUUUCAAGCUUUCCAGUUUACUCAGCAAUACUACGUUUCUGAAUUGAUACCAAAGAACAUCCAAGAACUAAUGCAAUCUCAGUAUAGACUAAAAGAGAGACCUAUUAUCAACUCACUUUAAUAGUUGCAGAAGCAAAAAAAAAUCACACGUCUGACAACUGAACAUUCAUCAGUCAUAACAGUAUCAACAUAAAACUUCAGGAGACAAAAAUAGAAACUCCGUAUGAAAAGAUGGAAUCUAUGCAUUUGUCAAGUUAAUGUGCCUUAACACGUUAACAUAAAAUGUAAUGAAUGUAAAGAAAUUUGAAAUUAAAUUUAGUUUCCUAAUGAACUUAUUUUGUGAUAGAUGACAUGUCUGUUGUAAUAGAAUCAGUAGUAUUUCUUAAUUCUUCAAUUUUAUUUUUAAUCAUUAAUUAUUUUGAUUCUGACAAACUUAAGGUAUUACAUAUAAGUAAGCAAAGAUAUGGAAAUGACCCAAUCACAUAUUAUUGUUCAGGUAGUGAUGACAGGAGAAGGUCCCUACUGAGGUUUGGCAUCAAUCUAUAAACAACCUGAGCAACCACGUAUUUCUGUGUUUAGCCAUUACCAGAGCAAUCAUAGUUGGAAUGUUAGUUAAACGGUCAGGGGCUUCCAAAGUGAAUGAACAUUUUCUCAUUCAUAGAGGAGUGGAAAAGGGAUUGUCAAAAUUUUGAGUUUAAAGGAGGUGCUGGCAGACAUUAGAAGUAGGUAAGUAGGUGAAUAUAAAAACAUAUGGACUAUGUGGUAGAAAGUCUUGUUCUAGCCUGAGUUCAUUUCUUGACCAUAUCUUGAUCAGGUAACCUUCUCUGGCAAAAAAAACUCCUAUGGAUUCUCAAAAAAUGUACUCUAUUGCACAUAUGUAUGAAUGUAUGUAUUGUAUUUUUGUUUGCCUUACAAUUGAGACAGUUACCUAUGCAACCGUGAAAGUUAUAAAGACGUUUGCUCUUCAUAGAAAUGUUUCAAAAUAUAAAGCACUAGCCGAUUACCCGGUGUUGCCCAGGUAUUUAUUUAUCCCAAUCCUGUAUUAGACAUGAAAAUCCUGUAGUUGGGACUCACACUGUUGUACUGUGUCUUGCGCAGCAUCGCAAUUCUUCUA